AUGACAGAUCCUACAGUUCAUUUAAACUGUGAACUAAAUUCAAAUGUGGCUGAAACUGCUAACGAUCAAGCUCUGGUCGCAAGCUCUCGAGCGAGUUACUUUGAGACCCUAGCAACAGAAGAAGGUAUUUUGUAGGCCCUUGUAGUAAACUACCGGGUGUUCUUCAUAUUUAUGACAGGAGGUGGCACGGAGAAAAGGGUUGGGUAAACAAAAUUUUCAGUGAAUAAAUGGUUGGAGGAGAAAACAGUCGGAUAUAGGACGUGAGGGAUCAAAGUAUGGCAUCGAUGAAUUUAUUGAGACGAAGUAUGUUUGUCUUGGAGGUAUUAAUCCCUGAAAACAAUAAACAGUUGUUGGAUGAGAUCCAGUGGCGUGCUGGGUACUAUUUUUCUGGGGGGGCCAGUCGGCUGGCAACUAAUAUGCGCCCCUAUAUAUUACCCUUGAUAAACGAGGGCCGAAGGCACAAGCCGAGCGCCACAGGUGCGAGGUUUGUCUAGGGGGGUCCGGGGGCAUGCCCCCCGGGAAAAUUUUUGAAUUUAGAGUCUCUGAAAUGCCAUUUCCUGGACUUUGGGGGAAGAUUUGACAGAAAUCUGAUGGUCAGGAAACGGCAUUACAACGUGUCGAAAUUUGAAAAUUGGUUAGAAUUUAGUAGUAGCACUUAAAUUGGGCAAUGCUAACCACUUCCAGCAAUUAAUCUAAUCCCAAUUUUAUUCUUUACUGAUCUGAAUUCAUUUACAACUUACAGCUCUUUUAUACAAUAACACACGGACCCCACGCAUAUGCAUGAUUCCCGUGAUCGCUUCGAAGCCUGAUCAAUAUUCCGGUAAUGAGACAUUGCGUGUGAUCACUUAUCAUGUUUCUAUAUGAACGAGUGAUUUCGUGUGAGUCGUGAGGUAGCAAAUACGGUUAGACAAAAUAGUCUGCAAUUUAAUAUACUCACUCACUUUGUAGCCUAUGCGCUUAGUCUGUUUAUAAGUCUAUAAACACAUCUUUCCUUGGCGGAAUUAGUAACUAUAUUUCUACGAAUGCGUUUCUUCCCACCUACUUUCAAAAUUCGGCGCGGGAUCGGCGCCCCCUUUUCAUUUUUGCGCCCCUCAAAAAUUGCCAGCUGGGGGGGCCGUGGCCCCCCGGCCCCCCCUGCCAGCACGCCACUGAUGAGAUCAUAUUAUAAACUGCAUGAUAACAAGAAUUUCAGCCUUGUAUCUGCGCGCUACAUAACUAACCGCAGGAAACGAACGGAACGGCUCGACUCGCCAAAACUUCAAACGUAAUCUGAAAGCCCUUUUCCACUUCAAGUGUAUACCCCGACACGUAUAAAAAAGAUUUUAAAUUUCAAAAUUUAGUGAAUGUUGAUUGGUUAAUACACUCGGAAGUACGUGAUCAAAGAUGUCAAACAAAUUAUGCAUUCAACCUCAACACAGUUCAAACAGAUCUGCAAAUAUUUAAUUUCCAAGAUUAAAUUAUAUAGCAAUUUUUUUCGUAGAUGUACCUUCAACCUGUUCUGCGAUCAAGUCGAAUGAACCGAAAAAACGCAGCGGUUACUAUACCAUUCAACCAAAGAAAAACGAAGCUCCAUUUACGGUUUUCUGCAAUAUGACUGACAAUAAUGGCGUUGGUGUGACAGUGUUUGGUCACGACAGUGAAGAAAGAACUCACGUCACUGGCUACGAAGAUCCAGGGUCCUACAGUAGAGAUAUAACAUAUCACAACGCGACCAUGAAACAAAUCGAGAACGUUGUUAAUGAGUCAAUUCAUUGCAAGCAAUUCAUAAAAUUCGAGUGCACAGGUACCGUCUUCAAUUUCCAAUCAUCUAUAGGUGAAUAUGCCUGGUGGGUAUCACGUCAAGGAUACAAAAUGUUGUAUUGGGGUGGUUCGACUCCAAGUGCUAAAAGCUGUGCCUGUGGCAUGGAUCGUACCUGUUACUAUCCCAACGAAGUCUGCAAUUGUCAAAAUGUGGCAGGCGAAUGGGCUGAAGACAGCGGGUACUUGGUCGACAAAGAAUAUCUGCCAGUGAGCGAGUUGAGAUUUGGUGAUACAGGAGGCAGUAAGGAGGAGGGUUAUCAUACACUGGGCAAGCUGUUGUGUUGGGGCUAA